AUGAGUUCUGAAUCGCCGUCGUCAGCGAAAAAAUUGAAUUUGGAAAGAGCAUCGAAUUUUAUGAGACAGUUUCGCGAUCCCGAUUCCAGAGAACUGAAGAAAUUGUCAGCAAAUCAGUUCAUGGAAGUGUGGAGCCACUACGACGGAGAUGGUAAUGGCUACAUCGAAGGCACAGAGCUGGAUGGCUUCCUGAGAGAAUUUGUCUCUAGCGCCAAUUUUACUGAUAUCAGCCCGGAUGCGGUGUCAGAUUCAAUGCUGGUCGAGUUAAAGGCAUGCUUUAUGGAGGCUUAUGAUGACAACCAAGAUGGAAAAAUUGACAUACGGGAACUAGCACAACUCCUGCCGAUGGAAGAAAACUUUCUACUGCUGUUCAGAUUCGACAAUCCAUUGGAAUCAAGUGUAGAAUUUAUGAAAAUCUGGCGGGAAUACGAUACCGACGGAAGCGGAUACAUUGAAGCUGAUGAGCUCAAGAAUUUUCUCCGAGAUUUGCUGAAGGAAGCGAAGAAAAUAAACGACGUUUCUGAAGACAAACUCAUUGAGUACACCGACACAAUGCUCCAAGUGUUUGAUUCGAACAAAGAUGGUAGACUUCAACUUUCUGAAAUGGCUAAGUUGCUACCGGUGAAGGAGAACUUCCUGUGCCGACAGGUGUUCAAGGGAGCAACAAAAUUAACAAAGGACGACAUCGAACGCGUCUUCUCACUUUAUGAUAGGGAUAACAACGGUUCCAUAGAAAAUGAAGAGUUACGCGGAUUCCUAAAGGAUCUUCUAGAACUUGUUAAAAAAGACUAUGACGCGCAAGAUCUUCUCGAAUUCGAAGAAACAAUUCUUCAAGGCGUCGAAUACAGUAGUGAAGGGAAAAUCAGCAGGAAGCAACUGACGAUGAUCCUUCUAGCUCUCGCCAAGCAUAAUCAAGAAGAAGAGCCAUCGACUCCAUAA